AGCAAAGUAAAAUAUCUUGGUUCAAUUUAGUUUUUGUUGGAAAAUAAUCAUUUAGUUUGCUUUAGACUUACACUGUACAGUUUAUAGAUACACAUGUUCAGGACAGUUCUUUUUUUAACGCCCGGCUGAAAGUUCUUUUUCUUCUUCUCGUCAUGAAAUUCAUCUUUAACGAGGCUUUUGUUUUGAAAGUUUUGUCUCCGCCGGGGUUUAAAAACAAGGAGGGAAAAUCUUCACGGGACACAAGAAGCUAAAAACGCGCUGCAAAUGUCUCUAAUGUGUUUUUGCUUAGUUUGUUUUUCACAAAACGUCACUGUGGCUGUCAGGCUUGAUUGACACGGUGGCCGUGGCGGGAUGCAAACACCAGACUCUGACGGAGCUGAACAGUCUCAACAGCCGCUGGUUUUCUUUGACGUGGAGACGACUGGGCUGGAUAAGAGUUGUGAAAUCGUCCAGCUGGCUGCAGUGAGUGGAGGCCACUCACUGAACCUUUACAUCAUCCCUCGGUCUCGAAUACAGCGAGGAGCAGCCAAAGUGACCGGCUUCAGGGUCCGCAGACAGAGGCUCUACCUCCAUCGCCAGCUUGUCCUCACCAACUCCCUGCGAGAGGUCUUGGUCUCCUUCAUAGCUUUCCUCAAGAUGCUCGGACGCCCACUUCUCAUUGGCCACAACAUUCGCCGCUUCGACUGUCGGCUGUUGGCUCGAGCUCUUGAUGAACUUGACCUCAGAGCAGACUUUGAGUCAGCAGUCUUCGGCUGUGUUGACACUCUGCCGCUGGCUCGAGAGAUGCUGAAGGACCGCGGCCUGCGGAGUUUCCGACAGGAGAACCUGGUCAGGGAGCUGCUGGGUGUAAACUACAAGGCCCAUGAUGCUUUGGAGGAUGUGCGGGCAUUACAGGCACUGUACAGUGUUCUACAGCCCACACCAGACUUGAUUAGUAGGCAUAGGUUUACUUUGGACACAAUGGAGAACAAACCAGCUGCUAAAUCUAAAGUGCCCUGUGAGCCUGCAGGACAGCGCCCCCUGUGGGAGCACUUCAGACAGACGGUGAAGGUCACAGAGAGCAGUGAAGACAAAGCUACAAAGUAGAACAUGAGAAAUCACUUGAAACGUCCUCUGCAGUGGAGCAAAAAGGAAUGAAUAUCUGUUUGUGGAAUCUUAAAGGUGGAGGAAAGCAUACAAAGACAAUGAAUGCACAUCUGGAAGUCACACUGUGCUACUUCAGCCUGAUGCAGCACUUAGAUCAGGGUGUGAUGGGUUUUUUCCUCAGCCUUGUAGGGCCCUAAAUUCUUCUAGACGACUUUGUCAAAUUGGAGUUACCAAUUUGUACGCUUCAGUCUCGCCUUGUUGAUUGUUCCAACAACAUGCACUUUAAUUUAUUGCACAGUACUGACCAGAUUGGAGAAAUGCGAGUCAGUCACAGCUGUAAAUAAGACUUUCCUUAUACAUAUGUUAAAAUGGAUGUUGAAAUUUGGGUGCUCUUUGCCACCGCUUAAGCUCCUCACCAUUUAUUUCAGGAACAAGAAACAGACAUGAGUAUUUCUGAAAAAAAAAUGGAGUCAGACAUCUCUUUAUGUGAUUUAUAAAUGGUGAAAAUGUCAGUAGUUGCAGGCAGAUUGUUCCCCGGUUUUCUGUGGGAGGAAAUAGUGCUGACUGUUAUUGAGAAAAUUCAUGCACUGUUUUUUACUGAGGGUAAAUAAAUGUGUUAAUAAAUGUUUUGUAUUUCUA